AUGCCGGUGAUCGUUACCGAUUUCCAAUGGAAACAAACUGAACAAAAAGUUAUGAUAAAAGCGCCGUUGAAAGGUAUUCAUCAUUCUAAAGUCGAUACGUUCAUUUCAAGGAAAUUCAUAAAGGCCACGUACGGGCACAAUUAUUUGGAAAUCAUACUUUACUCCGCCAUCGAUUUGGAACUAAGUAGUGUAACUCUAACUUCCACGGAAAUAGUUUUCGAUUUGAAGAAAGCCGACGAAAGGUUUUGGACAAGUUUGGAACCGAAUCUUACGAAAACGGAAAAAUUUGCUUUGAAAAGGGAGUUAUUGGAGGAGGCUUACAGGGAGGAACAGACGAUUGAUAAAAAAAAGUCGGAGAAAAAAUGCGAAUUGAAAAGAUUGGCUGUCAAGAAGCAGAUCGAUAUAGAUUCUGAAAUAAAAGAGGCCAUUAGUAAGGUUAAAAAAGAAGAGGAGAAGCUGGCUUUAGGCGAUUUUGAUGAAUGGAAAGAAAAAGUAACUCGCAAAUUAAAAUCAUCCAAUCGGCCAAAAAUCUCAUCCGAUUCCCCUCCCACGCAAAUCCCGAAAACCAGAACAUCAGCCACAACGAAAAUAGAUUUCACUCCGCGACAAUUCCCGACGCCCUGCAGAGAAUCCAAAUUAGAAGAAGAACACGAAUACCUAAUCAAACAAGCCGAAGCUCGACGAUCGACAGGCUUCGUCGGCGAAGACAUCCGACCGGAAGAACGCAAUCCCCAUUUCGUAAAAGCCAAAGGCGACGAUUUCCUCAAGCGCAAAAACUAUUUGGGCGCCAUCAGCGCCUACACCUACGGCAUCGGCCUCAGCAAGAACUUCGUCGACUUUUACAUAUCGAGAUCGGAGGCCCACAUGGCCGUAGGCAACUUCUGGAGGGUCAUCGAGGACUGCAGCGCCGCCCUGGAACUACUGACGCCGAUAUGCGAGGCCAAUUUGCACGAAAGGGCCGUUUGCAUCGGCAGAAGAGGACAGGCUCUAUGUCGUUACGGAAAAAGAAGACAAGGAAUCGAAGAAUUGAAAUACAGUUUGAGGUUAAUCGAUUCGGAAGGUUUCCGCCGAGCCCUCGACGAAGAACAACGAAAAUAUUCGGAAGAAUUAGAGGCGGAAAAGAAGAAUAAACAAGAUCCAAUCGAUAAUUGUCGUUGA